UGGCCACGUUUCCCUGUUUCGUAUCCACCGUCUUCUACCGACAACUCGUCGUCCCGAUCUCCAUCGACCAUCAUCGCCGUUCUCGCAGUCGAUCUCCCGAUCCAGCGCGGUCUUCUUGUCAUCUGCCUCCAGUUGCUUCCGGAUCGAUCACCCCAGGCAGUUCCACCGUUCGGCUUGUUCCUUAUCCUCUCCAACUUUCUUCUCCUGCUUCUGAGACCGGAAGAGACAAAUCCUAGUUGCUUUCCUGAUCCAUUUUAGUGGCAAGAUUCAUCAUAGAAACUAUAGUUCCUUGGGAAAACUGUAAUAAAGAGAAGGAUGUCUGGUCAAGGUCAGCGUUUGACUGUGGUCCCAACAGUAACAAUGCUUGGUGUGAUGAAGGCUCGGCUUGUUGGUGCCACCCGAGGCCAUGCUCUUCUCAAGAAGAAGAGUGAUGCCCUCACGGUGCAAUUUCGUGCCAUCUUGAAGCAAAUUGUUUCCACGAAGGAGUCCAUGGGUGACAUUAUGCGCAGCUCUUCCUUUGCGCUCACUGAGGUUAAGUAUGUCACUGGAGACAAUAUAAAGCAUGUUGUGCUUGAGUCCGUUAAAUCUGCAUCUCUUAGGGUAAGAUCCCGCCAGGAGAAUGUUGCUGGUGUCAAGCUACCCCGCUUUGAGCACUUUGUGGACCAUGGUGCUGGGGAUGCCAAGUCUGAUCUUACUGGUCUAGCACGUGGUGGUCAGCAGAUUCAGGCUUGUCGUGUUGCAUUUGUCAAGGCGAUUGAGGUUCUUGUUGAGCUUGCUUCUCUUCAAACCUCAUUCCUUACCCUUGAUGAAGCUAUUAAAACCACUAACAGGAGGGUUAAUGCCCUUGAGAAUGUUGUCAAGCCACGCCUUGAGAACACCAUUAGCUACAUCAAGGCAGAACUCGAUGAACUUGAGCGAGAGGAUUUCUUCCGUCUUAAGAAGAUUCAGGGGUACAAAAAGCGGGAGAUUCAGCGUCAGGAGCAAGCUGCAAAGAAGUUUGCUGAGGAGCAGCAUGCUGAUAAGAUCUCACUAAAGAAGGGAAUCUCCAUAAAGUCAGCCUACAACUUGCUAGAAGCUGGGGCUGGGAAGGAUGAAGAUAUAAUUUUUUAAUGCUAAUAAUACUAGCAUGCUCUGUGAUUGCAUAAGGAACUCCAAGAAGGCUCAUUAGGCAGUGAUAUCCAUGUACAGUGUUGUGUAUUACUUAUACCAUAAGCUCCACAAGCACUGCUGUUGUAUAAUUUUUUUUUGAGUGUUUAUGAGGAACUUAUCAAAUAUUCAAACAAACUUAUCUACUUUAUUUGAUC